AUGGCGUGCAGAGCCACACACACGUGCGUAAAGCCUUUCAAGAACGCAGUCGGAGUUGGCUCGCUUUGUUUGCUCACGUCGGGUCCCCACUGCUGCAGAGAGCUGCUUCCAGAACCGCAGUAUUUCCCCCUCUCUGGAUUUAUGAUCCGGGGGGAGCUGGCGGGAGCCACCCCCGUGCCCUCAAGAGCCCUGCGGGCUCGCCAUCCCCCGCCCCUCUUGGCCGCAGCGCCUCCAGACGCCGUCCAUAAAAGAAGGUCGGAGGCGCUGACCUCGAGCGCGACCAAGCCGGCCAGGGCUGCAGCGGCGUCUCGUCUGCGCCUCCGCCUGCCCUCCUCGUGCGCUGCCCCGACGGCCAUGGCUGCGCUCCCCGGGCCGGCCGCGCUCCGCUCGCUGCUGCUUCUGCUGGCCCUCUGGGUCGCGCCGACGGCCGCUGCGCCGCCCUGCCCGGCGGUGUGCGAGCGGAUGCGCUGCCCGCCGCGCUCGCCGCAAGCCUGCGCGGCAGUCGGGGGCCUCUUCCAGCCAGACCGCUGCGGCUGCUGCUGGGAGUGCGCGCCCGGGGAGGGCCAGCCGUGCGCCCCGGGCGGCCUUUGCGCCCACGGCCUCCUAUGCCAGCGACCCGCCGGCAGCCGGCAACGGGGCACCUGCUCGUGCGCCGAGUCCGCGCUGCCCGUCUGCGGCAGCGACGGCCAGACCUACCGCAGCCUCUGCCAGCUGCGGGCGGAGAACCUGCAGGGGCGCCUUCGGGACCAGCCGGCGGUCAUCGCUGUGCAGAAGGGCAGCUGCGGAAAGAAAGGUCCUGUGGAUGCUAAUAGCCUGCGCUACAAGUUCAACUUCAUUGCUGAUGUGGUUGAGAAGAUUGCUCCUGCAGUUGUGCACUUGGAACUCUUCCGCAGGGUGCCUUACACGAACAAAGAGGUCCUAGUGUCCAGUGGUUCGGGCUUCAUUGUGUCUGAGGAUGGCCUGAUCAUCACCAAUGCCCACGUUCUCACUAACAAGCAGAGGAUCCAAGUGGAGCUCAAGAACGGCCAGCAGUUCGAUGCUAAAGUCCGAGAUGUCGACCAUAAGCUAGACAUUGCCCUGAUCAAGAUAGACACCAACAUGGUCCUCCCAGUUCUCCUGCUGGGCAGAUCCUCUGACCUCCGGCCUGGGGAAUUCGUGGUGGCUCUGGGCAGUCCUUUCUCCUUGCAAAACACUGUGACUACAGGAAUUGUCAGCAGCACUCAGAGAGAUGGGAAAGACCUUGGGCUGAAGGACUCGGAUAUGGAAUACAUCCAGACAGAUGCCAUUAUCAAUUAUGGAAAUUCUGGAGGGCCCUUGGUGAAUUUGGAUGGAGAAGUCAUUGGGAUGAACACGUUGAAAGUGACAGCUGGCAUCUCCUUUGCCAUCCCCUCAGAUCGAAUCCGCCAGUUCCUAGAAGAAUCUCACAAUCGUCAGGUGAAAGGGAAGAUCAGACCCAAGAAAAAGUACUUGGGACUCCGCAUGCUUCCUCUCACUUUCAAUCUUAUCCGUGAGCUGAGGCGGAGAGACAGGGAUUUCCCGGACCUCAGCUCUGGGGUCUACGUCUAUGAAGUGAUUCAGGGAACAGCUGCUGCAAGUGCUGGCCUCAGGGACGGUGAUGUCAUCAUAGCAAUUAAUGGAAAAACUGUCACCUCAACUCGAGAUGUAACAGAUGCUGUGCAGAACACUAACACACUGGCCAUUGUGGUGCGGCGAGGAAACGAAGACAUCAUCUUGACAGUGACUCCAGAUGAAAUUGAUUAA